GGCGAAGCAAAAAGUAAGCAAAGACAACUGUACCAUAUGACAACAGGCAGAGAUUAGCACGUGAUGGAACAAAAUAAAAGCAAAGGAACCAGGAACUCACAGACGUCCAUCACCUCCUCUACAAACGACAAGAAUUGCAGCUUAACGAGAGUGCACAGGCCAUGAUGUUCGGGAGCUUGCUGUUUGCCGUGUGUUGUAGCGCAGCACUGGCCCAUUUCAACUCAAAUCUAGACCAGCACUGGGAGUUGUGGAAGAAGACGCAUGACAAGUUUUACUCCACUAAGGUUGAGGAACUGGGCAGGAGGGAGUUGUGGGAGAAAAACCUUGAAAUUAUCACAAUUCAUAACCUGGAGGCCUCCAUGGGCAUGCAUUCAUAUGACCUGGGCAUGAACCACAUGGGUGACAUGACAACAGAGGAGAUCCUCCAAACGUUAGCCAUGACCCGUGUCCCUCCUGGCUUUAAGAGGCAAACAGCAAAAUUCGUGGGCUCUUCUGGGGCUUCUGCCCCAGACUCCCUGGACUGGAGAGAGAAGGGAUAUGUCACCAGUGUGAAAAUGCAGGGUGCGUGUGGUUCUUGUUGGGCGUUCAGCUCCGUUGGGGCUCUUGAAGGUCAGCUGAUGAAGACCACAGGAAAGCUGGUUGACCUCAGUCCUCAGAACCUGGUGGACUGUUCCUCCGGUUAUGGCAACAAGGGCUGCAAUGGCGGUUUUAUGAGUUCUGCCUUCCAGUAUGUCAUUGAUAAUGGCGGAAUAGAUCCAGAGUCAUCUUACCCUUAUGAAGGAGUGCAAAAGCAGUGCAGAUACAAUCCAUCCCAGCAUGCAGCAAACUGCACCAAGUACUAUUUCGUCCGUCAGGGAGAUGAAGAGGCCCUGAAGGAGGCUUUGGCCAGUGUCGGCCCUAUUUCAGUGGCCAUUGAUGCCACCCGCCCUCAGUUUAUCCUGUACCGCAAUGGAGUUUACAAUGAUCCAACCUGCACCAAAAGAAUAAACCAUGCAGUGCUGGCUGUGGGAUACGGUUCGAUUGCUGGGCAGGACUAUUGGCUGGUCAAAAACAGUUGGGGUACUGGAUUUGGAGAUGGUGGCUACAUCCGUAUAGCCAGAAACCAGAAUAACAUGUGUGGCAUCGCCUCAUACGCCUGCUAUCCGGUUAUGUAACUGAAACCCUGUUGAAAUGUGAACGUAUCAAAAUAAGAAAUUUAUUGUUUUAUAGUCUAAUUUCCUGGAUGUAAAUGUGUUCUAUAUGUGUAUUUUACAUUUCCAUUGUUUUUAAAAAAAAAUCCAAAUGUAUCUUUUAUGAAAUAAAUAUUAAAUUUUUAA